GCCUCCUGAACCAGUUUACAGCACUGUGAACAAACUAUGUGAGAAACCUUCUUCUCCUCGGCACUAUUCCCCAGUCGAGUGUGACAAAAGCUUCCUCCUCACGUCUCCCUACCCCCACUACCACAUGGGCCUCCUCCCGGAUACAGAGAUCACCAGUCAUUCUCAGCACAGCACCACGACUCGUCAGCCCUCAAUGACUCUGCAGCGAGCCAUCUCCCUGGAGGGUGAGCCUCGGAAAGUUGUCCUGCACAAAGGCUCCACAGGGCUGGGCUUUAACAUUGUGGGCGGAGAAGAUGGAGAAGGUAUCUUCGUAUCCUUUAUUUUAGCUGGAGGACCAGCAGACCUGAGUGGGGAGCUCCAGAGAGGAGACCAGAUUCUCUCCGUGAAUGGCAUUGACCUUCGCGGUGCCUCCCACGAACAGGCUGCAGCAGCCCUAAAGGGGGCAGGGCAGACGGUGACGAUCAUAGCACAAUACCAGCCUGAAGAUUACGCUAGAUUCGAGGCAAAAAUCCAUGACCUACGUGAGCAGAUGAUGAACCACAGCAUGAGUUCUGGGUCCGGCUCCCUGAGAACCAAUCAGAAACGCUCACUCUAUGUCAGAGCCAUGUUUGACUAUGACAAGAGCAAAGAUAGUGGACUCCCGAGUCAAGGACUGAGCUUUAAAUACGGUGACAUUCUCCAUGUUAUCAAUGCUUCUGAUGAUGAGUGGUGGCAAGCCCGGAGAGUAACUCUGGAGGGAGACAGUGAGGAGAUGGGUGUCAUCCCCAGCAAAAGGAGAGUGGAAAGAAAGGAACGGGCUCGAUUGAAGACAGUGAAGUUUAAUGCAAAGCCUGGUGUGAUCGAUGCCAAAGGGUCAUUCAAUGACAAGCGUAAAAAGAGCUUCAUCUUUUCACGAAAAUUCCCAUUCUACAAGAGCAAGGAGCAGAGUGAGCAGGAAACCAGUGAUCCAGAACGAGGACAAGAGGACCUCAUUCUUUCCUAUGAGCCUGUCACAAGGCAGGAAAUUAAUUAUACCAGGCCAGUUAUUAUUCUGGGUCCUAUGAAGGACCGGAUCAAUGAUGACUUGAUAUCAGAAUUCCCUGACAAAUUUGGCUCCUGUGUACCUCAUACCACAAGGCCAAAGCGUGACUAUGAGGUGGAUGGUAGAGACUAUCAUUUUGUCAUUUCAAGAGAGCAAAUGGAAAAAGAUAUCCAAGAGCAUAAGUUUAUAGAAGCCGGGCAGUACAAUGAUAAUUUAUAUGGAACCAGCGUUCAAUCUGUGCGAUUUGUUGCGGAGAGGGGCAAACACUGCAUACUCGAUGUAUCGGGAAAUGCUAUCAAGCGGUUACAAGUCGCACAGCUCUAUCCCAUCGCCAUCUUCAUUAAGCCGAAGUCAUUGGAGCCAUUGAUGGAGAUGAAUAAGCGUCUCACAGAGGAACAAGCCAAGAAAACCUAUGACCGGGCUAUCAAAUUAGAGCAAGAAUUUGGAGAGUAUUUUACAGCAAUUGUUCAAGGCGAAACCUUAGAAGAUAUAUAUAACCAAUGCAAACUCGUUAUCGAAGAACAAUCCGGCCCUUUCAUCUGGAUCCCUUCCAAGGAGAAGUUAUAAAUUAGCUGCUACACCUCUGAUGAUGACAGAAGAGUAUUUAGAAGAAAAAAAAUAUAUAAUAUACUACGUGGAGGCUUUUAUGUUUUUGUUGCAUUUAUGUUCUUGCAGUCAAUGUGAAUUUUUAUGAAUGUACAACACAACGUGUGUGAAGCCAUGAAGGAAACUGAGGGGCCAAAAGGUAGAAACGCAAGGACUUUUGCCGUAUGUGGGAAAGACGUCGUGUGCUCAAAGUGCCAGGUGUAGGUAUGGAUUUCUGAUGGGGCUCUCUGUCCAGAGGUUCGAGCCGCCUCCUCGACUCGAUGGGCACCCCAACCUGUUGUAAUGGCUGAGUUCUGUGUGUUGAUUGCUUUAAAGAAAAGUUCCCAGCUCUUGAACCUCACCAAGCUUGUCAUUGCACAUCUGUAAUUGGUACACAUGGAAUUUUGUAACUAUGCACAUCCUUUGAUUUCUUAGCAGAAAGAGACAAUUUAAAAAAAAAUCAGAAAGAAAGGAAAUGGUUCCCUUCAGAGACACCAUUGCAUCGGGAAGUGGUGACUAUAUAGUUGUUUUGACUGGUACCUGCAAAGGAAAGCAUUCCAUGAAGUUGGCGAGUGUCUGGAGCAUUUACCUUAUUGAUGAUGGGGGAGGGGGGGUCCAUCUGGGAAUAGCUUUAUGAUUUUCGAUUGUCUAUUUUACCAUUUAUAUACUGAAAGAAGGCACUUAAAAAGAUGGAAUAAUUUAUAAAAUAAAAUUAUAUUAAAUGUAUAGAAACUAAUUUAUAUAGGUGAAAAAUGUUUUUGUGAGAUAUUUUGUAAAGACUUAACUAAUGGAAAGGAAAAGUAUAUUACACCCUCAGCAGACUGUCAGAUUUAGAGAACUUAAAAGUUGCACUAUCCUUUUGGUUGUUGAUGAUUUUUCAGCAAAAACUUAAUUUCUUUAAAAGUCGGGCCCCUCCUUCCUAUGUUUCCUCCCCUGACAGAGCAAUGUGAUGUUAUGGAAGAAGCCCUGGAUUUGGAAUCAAGACCUGAAUUCCAAUCCCAGCUCCUUUGCUUUAUUACCUGUGUAACACUGGGCAAGGCACUUCCCAUCCCUGGUUCUGUUUCCUCAUCUGUAAAAAGAGGAGUUGGCCUAAUUUCUAAGGUCUUUUUUCCAGUGCCAAAUCCUAUGAUUUCCCAUUGGCUCAUGAGAAUAAAUUCCUGUGGAACACCACUGCUUAAUGAAUUGUCCUCUAGGCUCUUUUUGAGACUUGGCUGAGAUAAUGCAUCUUUAAGCUGAUGGUUCUUCAGAGGGCAAAUUAACAUCAGUGACUUAAAGAAUAGUGCAGGAGUUUCU